AUGGCCGCCGCCGGUGCCGGUGCCGCCGCGGCUGCUGCUGCUGACGGCGGCGGCGGCGGAGGAGCCGCUGAGAGGCCGGAGCCGGAGCGGGACUCGGUGCCCGGUCGGCGGGGGAAGCGGGGCUCCCGCCGGGGUCACCGGGCCAGGCGGUCCCUCCGCUCGCUCGGCGCCUUCGUGAGGAACGUGUUGAAAAGUUUACUGACUUUGGCGCCGUUGGCGGGCGAUCGGCGGAGCGGCGGCGGCGGCGAGGAGGAGGAGGAGGAGGAAGAGGGGGGCGAUGAAGGUGAGCGCGGACAGAGAGACGACGACGGCGGCUUCAGGGAGUCGGACGUAAAGGACGUAAAGAAGAAGAAGACGACGACGACGUCGCCGCCGCCGUUGGGAAGUGGCGGGAAAAACCCGGAGCUCGAGCCGCCGCCGCCGCCAUCAUGGCCGCUGCCCCGCGGCUCCGGCCUACCGACCCCCGGGGCCCUGGGCUUGAAGAACCACGGCAACACCUGCUUCAUGAACGCCGUGCUGCAGUGCCUGAGCAACACCGAGCUGCUGGCCGAGUACCUGGGCUUGGAGCAGUUCCGGGCGGCCACCGGGGGGACCGCCGGGGCCUCCCGGGACCGGGACCGGGACCCGCCGCCUCCCGCCCCCGAGGUGACGGCGCUGCUGGCGGCCCUGGUCCGGGCGCUCUGGACCCGCGACUACACGCCGCAGCUCUCCGUCCGCUUCAAGAAUAUAGUAGCAAAAUACGGAUCCCAAUUCCGUGGGAAUUCUCAGCAUGACGCUCUGGAGUUCCUCCUCUGGCUACUGGACAGAGUUCACGAAGACCUCAACUCUUCACCCAACAAAAGGUCGAGGCCUAAUGCGAAGCCUUCCUGUGUUGGGGAUGAAAAUACCAUGGGAAUCCAGCAACCUGCACAGCAGACAGGCAAUCAGAGCUUUGUCCAAGAACUUUUUCAAGCCCAGUACAGGUCAUCCUUAACUUGUCCUCACUGCCUUAAACAAAGCAACACAUUUGAUCCCUUCCUGUGUCUCACCCUGCCCAUCCCUCCUCGGCAGACCAGGGCCCUGAGUGUAACCUUGGUUCUGCAGCCGAAGAAUCUGCGAUAUUUACGGACAGGGUUUGCUGUGCCGCUCCUGGGAACAGUGGCUGAUCUCCGGGAGCUGGUGGCACAGGAAGGGAAGAUCCCUGCAGGCGAGAUACUUUUGUCGGAAGUUUACCCCAGUGGAUUUGAGCGUUCAUUCUCGGAUGCGGAAGACUUGAACACGAUUGCCGAAGGGGACUGUGUCUAUGCCUUUCAGGCUCCCAGCUUGCGGGAGGAGGGUCUGCCCGGCUGUCAGGGCGUAGCCAAAGCACUGCCUCAGAUGGAUGCCCCACCGAGACUGUGUAUCAAGGCCAAAGUGCUUCUCCUAAUCUGCAACGUCGCAGGCUCCGGGACAAGGGCUCUCAGGUUUGGGCCCCCAUUCCUGGUGAGAGAAGAUCGCUCCCUGUCCUGGGAUCAGCUACAGGGCUCUCUCCUCAGUAAGCUAAGCCACCUGAUGCGGAGCGAGGCCCGGCUACAGAACACUGCAUCUCUGUUCCGGAUUCGGGUGGUUGGAACGUUGGCCGCUAACUUCUACCUCUCAUCGCAGGACAGUUGCCCCCUGCAGCAUCCAGCCGUGACCAGGGCGCUGGACUCCUGUGCUGCCGCUGGGCCCUGCCACGUGAAGCUGGUGGUGGAGUGGGAUCAGAGGGUGAAGGAGGAACUGUUCGGGAGUAUUCAAGAAGAAGUGGUUCAGGAUGCGGAGAGCGUUCGUCUCCAGCAUCAGCGGCACCAGGAGGCUCACAGCUGUACACUGGCUCAGUGCUUCCAGCUGUACACACAGGAGGAGCAGCUGGCCCCUGAUGAUGCAUGGCGGUGCCCGCACUGUAACAUCCUCCAGCAGGGAACCGUCAAACUAAACCUAUGGACCCUGCCCGACAUCCUUGUCAUCCACCUGAAGAGGUUCCGUCAGGUGGGGGAGAGAAGGACCAAGCUGUCGACACUGGUGACUGCCCCGCUGUGCGGGCUGGACAUGUCACCUCAUCUAGUGAAGAGACCCGCAAGCACCAAGAGCUUCCUGUCCCAUUGGUCGCCCUGGAGGAGGCCGCGCUCACCUGGAGAUAACUAUGUGUACGACAUGUACGCUGUGUGCAACCACCACGGGAGUAUGCAGGGCGGCCACUACACAGCUUCCUGCAGGAACUCUGUGGACGGCCUGUGGUACAACUACGAUGACAGUAACGUGGAACUGAUUCCAGAAGCCGAGAUUUGCACUCGAGCUGCCUAUAUCCUCUUCUACCAACGCAGGAACUCCAUCCCUCCCUGGUCGGCCAACACUUCCGUGGCAGGAUCCACAAGCUCAUCGGUGUCUGAUCACUGGCUGUACAGACUGACUGGAGACGACAAGAGAGGGAGCCUGGUGUCCCGAGCGUCCACCAAUUGCACAUCCCUCCCUUCUUCUCCGGAGUCUCCUGUCUUCCCAGAGAAUCAACUCAGCGGUGCUGUGGAGCUCCGCCCCUUUGCUCGAGGGACUCGGGGAAGAAGUGUGAGUAUGAAAGCAGCUGCACCAGUUGUGCCGAAGGAACCUGGACUCAAAUCUACGAUGCGCUGGUCGCUGGGAUCCAAGGACCGGCCCAGCUCUGUGCCUGGCGCCUUGGUUGAGUAUUUGGAAUCUGGUCGAAGGCCACGAUGCACGACCCAGUCCAUUGUGCCUAGAAUGACCAGCACUGUGGAUACACUGAGCUCAAAGCCUGAGCGGCAAGGUGCUGCUGAGGGAAUCAAGCAGCAGGGCAGUGGGAACGCAGAUGUCAUGGGAUCCAGGCUUCAGGAAUGCUCGAGCGACCUUCGCCACAGUCGCAGCAACGAGAUUUCCACAAACGAAAGGACGAGCUCGCUGAAGAGGAGCGGAAAACGAAGGAACAGCGGGUCGCAGCAGAGAAACUCCUUCACACUGGGUCCUAACAAAGCAGCGGUGGGGAGGAAGCCUUUGCAGGGCAAAGUGGAGGACUCGCUGUUGCGAGAGGAUGGCAAUGGCAAGUCCAGCGAUACCGUUUGCAUUGGUUCUGUGAGCAGCUUGGCUCUUAAUGACACUUUGAAGAGAAGUAAAGGGCAAUAUGGCAGCAGGAAGCUGGAUGAAUCCUACUUGUUGAGAAGCACUGCUCCUGAAGCCCAGGGCCUGACUGAGGCUGGGAUUCGGUACAGCUCAGGGGAAGAACCGAGACUCAAUGACCGAAUGCGUUCAUUCCUGAGAGUUAGCUUUCUAAAGAAGGACACAAAAAGGCAAUGCGACUCAGAAAAUUUUAAGGCUGGCGUUCAUGACCGCACACUUCCCAUGGCAACCCUUCCCAAUGGGGCUCUGAAUGGGCAGCCCAGGGGGGAGCAGGCGUCCGUGAUCAGCCCCAGAGCGGGAGUGGAUGAAGCCAAAUGUAGGGAGAUGUUAAACAGCGGUAGGCGCAGUUUGUCAGAAGAACUCAGGCGUUCGCGAAGCUCAUCCAGCAUCGAAGCUACGGGAUGGAGGCGAACAGGGUCUCUUGUGAAGAAUGGACCAAGCUGUCAACAGGCCAGGCAGCUGACUAUAGAUAGAGGUAGGUCUGCGACACUACAGAGGACAAGAUUCAGCUCCGCUUCACUGGGAAGAAGAAAGCCUGUGCCUGAAUCCAGCUUUUAAAGUAAACGGUUCCCACAAAAAAAACUGGUAAUUUUCUAAUUAGCUGCACUGAAGUUUUUUUUCUGUUCCUUGUUUACGUAAUGCCAACUCUUUGUAAAUAACAUUUUAAUUUUAUAGAAGUCUAUCUAAGAACACGUGAUGAUAUAGAUUGGUUAAUUUUGUGUAUUAUUAUGAAGGGAGUUUAUAUAUAACUUGACCCCACUGAAAUUAUUGGCUGAAUGUAACUAAAUGCAAUAAUGUAACAUAGGGAAAUUUGCAGAAAAAUUCUGAGACUUUUAUGCUUUAACAGAGGAAAUGUUUUUAUGGAAAUUUUUUAUUAUCGAUGAUGUUUGAAGAUGUAACCAAAUGCUGGAUAUUUCAGGUACCUGACCUGUUGCUAAAAACAAAUCAAUCCUCGCCUUGAACUUUGCUGGAUGAAAUUUAUGGGAAAUUGCACAAGUUUUCAUAUGAAUUAAACACUUUCAGAGUACA